AUGAGCAUUCCAUUGUCCGAACACGUUACGACGGAGAGUCUCGGAUCUCUCAAGUUUCCUCCAUCGCCUCACAGACAUGAAAUUUCCAUAUUGAAAGCGUACGAUCCUUGUCAUUAUCCUCUGGGUACGCGAGUUUGUCAAGCCGAAACUACAUCUUUCUAUUCUCCUACACAUUCCUUAUACGAGCCAGAUGGAACAUCAACGAUGGCUUCAACUCCUCCAAUGUCCGGAAUGCAAGAUAUCCACGUCUCAUUUGACAUUCAACCCUCAUCAGCUUCUGACGCAUUACCUCCACCUUCACCUGUGAGAGCUCCUCUUUGUCCUCAGUGCAAGGGACACAAGUAUGGCUUCACACCAUAUUUUCAUAAUACCAAAAUCUUUCCCGAGCCACCACACGAGUUGCUCAUCUUGGUGGAGCAAUCUUAUUUUCUUCGAAAUCGACUCAAGAGCUUGUUGAUCAACUAUGUCACGAGGAGAGUUGACAAUGAUCGUUUGGAAGUGAUCACCAAUGAGAUUGUGGAGUGGAAGAGUCGUGUAGAAUGUCUAGCAAGAGAAGUUUUGAUUUCUUCAAUGGGAUUUGAAUUGAAUACGAAAGGUCUCGAAUCGGUGAAGGAAUGGGCGGCGGACUUGGUUCGAAGAUUGAGUAACCACGUGCAUGGUAUUGAGAGGAUGGAACUCCGGAAGGAGGAUCAAAAGGAACUGCUGAUUGAGUUCAAGAAACUAUGGGAAGUAGUCUGGAUGAGUUAUUUGGCGGAUGGAAAGAAUCGAAGGAGGUCGGGGAGGUUAUUGCGGUUGACAGAUUCAGGUGAGACCGAUUUGCCUGCCUCGGAACUUUAA